AAAAAUGGGAUUUGGAAAGGCGGGAAAGUUGAAAUGCCCGAUGGAUACUACAAAAUUGGAGAAAGGAUACUUAAUCAGUUCAAAAAGUAUCCAGAUUUCGUUGGACAGAUCGAUGGAAUUACAGGAAUAAAAGACACUUAUGCAGAUAUGGGCGAUAGAAGUAUAAGGUGCGCAUUGUGGCUCAAAGAACAAGGAGUCUCUCCUGGAGAUGUCGUUGGUAUUUGUUCAAAAAACCAUUUGGACACUUGCAUACCUGUGUAUGCUUCUUUUUACAUCGGAGCCAUCAUCAACCCUUGGUGGGACACUUGCAUAGACGAGGAACUCGUGAAGAAUUUGAUCGAAACAACCCAGCCAAAAGUUUUAUUCAUCGACGAAAACCAUGCAGAAAUAAUAACUAGAACAAUAACCAAGAUGGAAUAUUCGUUACUAAUAGUAGUUUUUGGAAUAAAAAAUGGUUAUUCAUCUUUCGAGGAUGUACUAAAAACGCAAAGUAAUGAAGAUGUAGAGAAAUUUGAAUGUACGAGAGUGGAACCGAAAGAUCCAGUCUUUUUAAUUUACACUUCUGGAACGUCAGGUUUUCCAAAAGGGGUCUUGCACUCUUAUCAUUCUGUCGCUCAUAUGUUCAGAUAUUACCCGGAUGAUGGCACACCGUCGAUAGAUCUAUAUUUUUUUAGACUCUGCUGGAUAUCUGGGACUAGGAUGGUAUUAAGGUCGAUAAUAUUUAAAGCUACCAUGAUUGUUUGCGAUAAUUUGGCAGAAGAAGAUGCUUGUAAAAUCAUCGAGAAGUAUAAGGUCACUCGACUAUGGUUGGGAACACCAAUACUAAACAGAUUCACCAAAAUAAAAGAUAUAGAAAAGUUCGAUCUAUCGUCGGUUAAACUGUUAUCUUAUGGCGGUGCGGCGGCUAAUGGACAAAUUAUAAAAAUGUUACCAAGUUUGUUCAAGAAUGCGGAUAUUUCUUCUCGUUACGGUUCUACCGAAUGUGGUACCGCGAUAAUUGGGUCAACAAGAUUUGAUAAAUCUGACUCUUGCGGAAAAGUAUUUUUCAAUGUACAAAUCAAAGUUAUCGAUCCAGAUACCAAUAAAAUUUUGGGUCCAAAUAAAAAAGGGGAACUCUGCGUCCUAAGUCCGAAAUUAAUGAUUAGCUACUGGAAGAAUCCAGCGAAAACUGAAGAAAUUGUCGAUUCAGAUGUCAUACCGAGAAUUGUCGAAAACGUAAUAGAAAUGUGUCCAGGAGUCGCAGAAGUAGCCGUCGUUGCUAAGCCAAGCUUUGAACAUCACGAAGUUCCAAUGGCUUUUAUUACGGACAAGGAAAUUAUUGAAUUUCUAGAAAAGAAUCUAUCAAACGAAGUUAAACUUUUAGGCGGUGUUUGUUUCUUGGACAAAAUGCCAUACACACCUUCGAAAAAAAUCGCUAAGCAUCGACUUUACACCAUGGCGAAAACUAUUUGUUAG